UGCCAUGGGCAGGGCCUGGCCGGGGUAUAAAUAGGUCAGACCGCUGGGCUUUCCCCACUCUUCCUGUCUCCCCAAUCCUCUCUUCAGUGUUUCCUCUUCUAGAACUGAUCUCGACUGCCACCAUGGCUUACCCCCUGGAGAAGGCCCUGGAUGUGAUGGUGUCCACUUUCCACAAGUACUCGGGCAAGGAAGGUGACAAGUUCAAGCUCAACAAAUCUGAGCUAAAGGAGCUGCUGACCCGGGAGAUGCCCAGCUUCUUGGGGAAAAGGACAGAUGAAGCAGCAUUCCAGAAGCUGAUGAGCAAUUUGGACAGCAACAAGGACAAUGAGGUGGAUUUCCAGGAGUACUGUGUCUUCCUCUCCUGCAUUGCCAUGAUGUGCAAUGAGUUCUUUGAGGGCUUCCCCGAUAAGCAGCCCCGGAAGAAAUGAGGGCUCCUCAGAUGCUGCGGGGCCUGCCAGCCAGGGUCUUCCCUGUGCGCAGUGGGCAAAAAGCCUCACCCUGGCUCCUUCAGACGUGUGCAGGAUGCUGAGCAAAUUCAAUAAAGAUUUUUGAAAACUA